AUGCGUUGCUUCAUCUCCGUGCUGUCUCUCCGCGACUGCGAGACAAAAUCCGUUGGAGUUGAGAAUCUCUCUUUUCCUGCUAAGGCUUUGGCUUCCCGUGCGUUUCGCCCUUCCGACUCGCCUCUGCGAAGCCGUGCGUUCGGGCUGCACCCCCGUAAGCUUGAGCAGGGCCGCGUCAUCUCAAAUCCGACCGAUUGUUGGGGUUUCUUUGCUUUCUUAUUGCUCUGCUAUAAUUCUCGCAAUCGUCGUUUGCUCUGA